AUGGAGAUGUCUGUGGAGAAACACGAAGAAUACGACUACCACUACAAAUACGACUACCAUUACAGAUACGACGGCUACACCGUGUACGUCGGUGACCACCGCAUCCUUACCAUCUACACCGAAAGUUACGACACUGCCACCAAAUGGCUCAAGGAAGUCCGCAAGAUCCACUGCAACAACAAACACAACACUCUCCUCGUCGGCGUCUACGUCGACCGUCAAUUCCUCUCCUACGAGCGUCACGGCCUCAAGGACUCUCCCUACGAUCUCAUCUCACUCUGUAUCGGCUCACAUUGUCUUAUCUACCGCCUUCUCCAUCCAGAACAUUACCGUACCCCAAGAAUACUUGAAACCUUCUUCACCGACCCUGCUGUCAUUGCCGUUGGUAUGAACAUGGUAUCUGUCGCCAAGAAGCUGAUGUGGGACCAUGGAAUCAAGUUUGUGAACCCUGUGGACUUGAAUACUAUGGCAAUGAAGGGCAUGAAGAGGGACGAUCUGGAUAUAGGGCGGUACGAUCUUGAUCGGUUGGCUAAGGUGGUGUUAGGGAAGCGCUGGGACAUAGUAAGGCCUAAACAACCGGUGGAGUGGUACGAGAGGGAUGAAAUGUUGACGGUGGAGAAGGUGAUGUUUGUUACUGUUGAUACCUACUUUUAUUAUCGGAUCGGAUCUGAGCUUCUUGAUAUGAUGAACUGUUUGCAUCCGCUGCCUUCUUCUUUGAAGACGAAGAAGAACAAGAAGAAGUAG